AGUCUCCACUCUUCACACUACGCCCCUUCUUCUUCCUCCUACCUCUUUUGAUAAUGUAACAACUCAGAAAAAGAAAGCAGAAGCUUGCCGCAAUUUCUCUUUGAAAUUUGUCAACAAUGGCUUUCUCUACUUCUCUAUUGCUCCGCCUCCUCUGCGUUUGCUUUCUUUUGAGCUCGUCUUCUGCCCUGGACGCUUUUGUUUCCUACGACUUUGUUGUCUCUUACAUUACUGCCUCUCCUCUUGGAGUCCCUCAACAGGUUAUUGCUAUCAACGACAAGUUUCCUGGUCCUACUAUUAACGUGACCACAAAUAACAAUGUUGCAGUCAAUGUUCGGAACAAGUUGGACGAGAGUCUCCUCAUUCAUUGGUCUGGGAUUCAGCAAAGGCGAACAUCUUGGCAAGAUGGAGUUCUUGGAACAAAUUGCCCCAUUCCUCCAAAGUGGAACUGGACAUACCAGUUUCAGGUGAAGGAUCAGAUUGGAAGUUUCUUCUACUUUCCAUCAUUAAAUUUUCAGAGAGCAGCUGGUGGAUUUGGGGGUUUCAUCAUAAACAACAGAGCCGUCAUUCCUAUUCCUUUUGACACUCCACAUAGUGACAUUGUGAUUUUCAUUGGAGAUUGGUAUACUCGGAACCACCCGGAUUUAAGGAAGGACCUUGAUGCAGGAAAAGACCUUGGGAUGCCUGAUGGUGUUCUUAUCAAUGGAAAAGGCCCUUAUAGAUAUAAUGAUACACUUGUUCCUGAUGGCAUUGAUUAUGAAACUAUUGAAGUCCAACCUGGAAAGACUUAUAGGCUUCAUGUCCACAAUGUUGGAGUAUCAACAAGUCUGAAUUUCAGGAUCCAGAGUCAUAACCUACUUCUAGUAGAAACUGAGGGAUCUUACACAGUGCAACAGAACUACACCAGCUUAGACAUACAUGUGGGACAAUCUUAUUCUUUUCUGCUAAGUACAGAUCAGAAUGCAAGUACUGAUUACUACAUUGUAGCAAGUGCCAGGUUUGUAAAUGAAUCACGGUGGCAAAGAGUUACCGGAGUUGCCAUCCUUCACUAUACCAAUUCCAAGGGAAAAGCAGCUGGUCCUCUUCCAGAUGCUCCGGAUGAUCAAUUUGACAAAACAUUCUCAAUGAACCAGGCCAGAUCCAUCAGAUGGAAUGUAUCAGCAAGUGGGGCUCGCCCAAAUCCACAAGGAUCUUUCAGAUAUGGUUCCAUAAAUGUGACUGAUGUUUAUGUGAUAAGAAAUAAGCCACCAGAAAAGAUUAAGGGGAAACGGCGAGCUACGCUCAAUGGAAUCUCCUAUGUCAAUCCUUCCACUCCAAUCAGGCUUGCUGACCAGUACAAAUUGAAGGGAAUCUACAAGCUUGAUUUCCCCACCAAGCCCCUCGCAGGACCACCUCGCACAGAAACAUCAAUUAUCAAUGGAACUUACAGAGGAUUCAUGGAAAUCAUACUGCAGAACAACGACACCAAAAUGCAUACCUACCACUUGAGCGGAUAUGCAUUUUUUGUUGUCGGGAUGGAUUAUGGUGAGUGGUCUAAUAAUAGCAGAGGAACAUAUAAUAAGUGGGAUGGAAUAGCUCGAACUACAACACAGGUAUAUCCUGGAGCAUGGACAGCAAUUUUAGUGUCUCUGGACAACGUGGGAGUUUGGAACCUGAGAACUGAGAAUCUUGAUUCAUGGUAUCUGGGUCAGGAAACCUAUGUACGGGUUGUGAAUUCUGAGCACACCAACAAGACUGAGUUGCCCGUUCCAGACAAUGCCCUUUUCUGUGGCACCCUAAGUAAAUUGCAGAAGCCACAAGACAUUUCUUCCGCUCCAUCAUGUAUCAAUGAGAAUAGCAGGAAGCUGUUCUUGGUUUGGCUGAUAUUUGUAAGCGGCUUAUUCUUCGUUUUCCAGUGAUCCUACUUUCUGGAGAAUCCUUUUGGUGAUGAUUUUGGUUGAGUUUCUUGCAACUGAGUAUGUCAGCGUUGUGGUAAUUAUGACUUUGUAUUCAUCUGGGGUUUCUUUGAUUGUGAUUAGGACCUGGUUAUUCUUUUAAUGCCUGUAAUUUAAUUUAGGUCUCCAUGACAUACACUUUAAUCAAAUUAUCAUUAGUACAUGCUCGCAA